CAGUCGCCGGCGCGCAAAUCGAGCUGGUCAAAACGCGUGGGGAGUCUGUUCACAGCCAACAAGGAGAAUACUGCCUCGGGUCUGGCUGGCCAUGUCGAGGAGGCGCCGGCCACGGACUCUCGGUCUGUCCGCAGUGUAAGUUAUCGUGGUUAGCGGCGCGUUCGAGUGAGUCUUGUCACACCCUUUGUAUUGAACCCUUGCACAAACAAAUUAAGCGUCGUCGGCAACUGCCACAACCCACAGCACGAAAGGCAGCUGCUCUGUAGAUGAGCAGAUGAUAUCGAUAUACACCUUCCUGGAUCCAUCACAGUGCUGACCUGGCUGCUAGACAGCAAUGUCUGCUCCUAAGGAAGUGGCACAAGUCUCGAUUGAGCAGGGAACUCUCCCACCCGGGCAUACAUGGAGCGACAAGCACAUUCUUGUGGACUUCGUCGCGGGCGACGAUGAUAAUCCAUACAACUGGCCGCGGCGGAAGAAGCAGCUCGUCACCUUUGUUGCUACGGGCAUGACCUUCUUCAUCAUGUUCAUCACCGGCGGCUAUUCCUCUGCGCAACCCGGCCUCAAAGCGGAGUUCCAUACGACAGACACAGUCGUUGUGCUUGGUCUCACCUUGUUUGUCCUUGGCUUCGCGCUCAUGCCUCUAUUGCUUGCGCCUCUAUCAGAAAUCUACGGCCGUACUCCAGUGUAUCUGGUGUGCUCCUUUCUUGUGUGGAUACUCUUGUUGCCCCAAGCCCUUGCACAAAAUAUUACUUCAGUGCUCGUUGCGCGCUUCUUCACUGGUUGCUUUGGCAGUACUGGCGCUACUAUGGUUGGAGGCACGAUUGCAGACUUGUGGGAGGCAGAUGAGCGUGGCACGUACAUGGCAGUCUUUGCUGGGUGUGCCUUCAUCUCCACCUUUGCAGGGCCACUCAUUUACGGUGUUACAGCAGAGAAUCUCGGAUUUCGAUGGACCUUUUGGCUGGGCUUCAUUCUGACAGGGUCGCAUCUGCUCGUGCUCAUUCUCUUUCUCAAAGAGACACGAGGCCCGGUGCUUCUGUCUCGUCGAGCAGCCAAGCUACGCAAAGAGACUGGAGAUGAGCGCUAUGUUGCUGCCGUCGAUUUGGAGCGCGCUUCUUUUGCGACCAUGGUCAAAGUGUCGCUGACAAGGCCGAUUCGCUACCUGCUCACGGAACCCAUUGUUGCAUGCUUCUCCACCUGGGUCACACUCUCCUGGGGAGUCUUUUAUCUGGUCUUGGAAGCCCUCACGUUGGUGCUCGAGGAAUCGCAUGGCUUUGGCAAUGCAGAAAUUGGCUACGCGUUUGCUGGACCCAUGCUGGCAUCUUGCAUCGGUGUCGCCACCAAUCCUAUACAAGAACGCUUGUAUCGUCGAGCAAGGGAACGCAACGGUGGUGUGCCAGUUCCAGAAGCGAGACUUUAUCUCUCGAUGUUUGGUACCAUCUGCUUUGCUGCGGGCCUCUUCAUCUUUGCGUGGACUUCUUCGCCUAGCCAACAUUGGAUAGGGCCUAUACUUGGCUCCAGCAUUACCGUGUUUGGCUGCUACCACAUCUACCAUGCCACAUUCUCCUACUUGGCAGAUGCCUACCAAACAUACGCCUCGAGCUGCAACGCCGGGCAAUCCUUCAUGCGUAAUCUCCUCGGAGCAUGGUUCCCGCUCUUCACUAGAAAGUUCUUCCAAGCACUCGGUGUCCCAAAGGCCGGCUCUAUUGUUGGCGUAUGUGCCGUCUUGAUUGGCGCUAUACCAUUCCUCCUUUUUGUUUAUGGCAAAGCCAUCAGAGCUAAGAGCAAACUUAGCAUUCACGACUGAAUCACUGCAUUGAGUGAAUGAAUCUUCAGACGUGUCUUUGUACCCAUGUAGCAUUGUAAAAGCAUUCUAUUUUGUGACUUUGCUUUCUGGCGAUGUCGCAGCGCGUCAGACG